AUGGAUGUGUCCUUUUGGAAAAAGUUCCGCCGGAGAUUUUCGCGAAGCAAAAACAAUCAGGAACUGAAAAAGUUCAUCACCAAAGUCGAUUUAGAAAAGAACGAACUGAAAAAUAUCACCCUGAAAAGCGACAUCAAAAUAAGGAAACCGACUAAUCAGAAGGACCUUCUCGCACGACCAACAUAUUAUGGGAUAGAAUGGAAGCUGAAGCAGGUCUUCACACACCAUAUCCAAGAUCUGAACGAACAGAAAAGGCUUCUUCAGUAUUGUCAACAAAAGUUCGCUGGUGUUUUCAACCGUUUGGAGAGUUCUGGUGAGUCUCUGAUGCAUAACCUAAUCACAGCUCUGCCGGAUGACCGCUUUGAAAGUUACAAGUACUGCAAUACCAAAAUUGUUGAGGUUCUCAUCGAAGACAGUUGCGAUACUGCCAAACUCAACAGAUUUGGUGAUCCUCCAGUCAUUGCCGCUUACAAAAUGAAAAAGUUAUCCGUCGUAGCUGGAUUCCUCAAUAAACGUGUUGACUGUAACGUUACAGACAAGUACGGCGCUUCAUUGGUGAUAUUGACGUGUAAGGAAAACGAUGUCGAUACGUUGCGUAAGAUCGUGUGCGCCUAUAGAUACAGUGAUCCAAAACUGAAUCUGGACCUUUUGGAUGUGACGCGAAACUGUGCCAUCUCGUAUGCGACUCUCAAUAAUAAUAUGGAUGUUUGUCGGGUGCUAUUAGAAGCUGGUGCGAACCCAAACGCAGGCUUCACGUCUCCGCUCUACCAGGCCGUAAAGAACGAUUGCAGUGAUGAAUUAAUAGCGUUACUGAUCCAACACAAGGCAUCUGUGAACGUUUGGGCGGAUUCUAGUGGUCUAAACACCUUGAUGGCUGCAUCGUACAAAAACAGAACGGAAGUUGUACGGCUGUUGUUGGAAGCCGGGGCACAUUUUCCUUCCACUUGGCAUAAAAAUAAAUCAUUCGUGGCUGCCAUAAAAUUUGAUAAUUUACAAAUUGUGCUGGAAUUUGUGACAAGAUCUGUCGAUAUUACAUCAAAAUCUAGUAAAGGGACCAACGUCUUGCAUGAAAGUUCCAUUUUCGGAAGCACACGUUGCUUGGAAUAUCUCAUAAACGAUUCCAAUAUGGAUCUUGUUGCUAAAGAUCGCUAUGGAAAGACGCCGUUUUAUUUAGCUGCCGAAAAUGGACAUGUAGAGUGCUUACAGCUGCUGUUCAAUGCGUCUGCGGAUUCUUUCGAAGCCGAUCAAAGAGGACGAACACCUUUGGACAUUGCAGUUUUGAAUGACCAUCAAGCUUGUGUCCAAUUUAUGUUUGACAAUUUAGUUUGUUCGAGACGCCAGCUUGUCAAUGUUUGUCUUUGUCUUAAAGUCGAUUAUGAUCAGUCAGAAUUUCGAAAACAAGAAACCAUUGAUCUUCUCCAAAAAUUUGUUAAAUCCUUCCAGGAGGACAGCGUAGGUCCUUUAAUGGACAUGUGCGUUCUUGAAAUACGGAAAAUUCUAGGACAACGAAAUGGACGUAAAAUUUUCCAACUACCUCUGCCAACCAUUAUUAAAAAUCUUCUAUUAAAUUGA